ACUCAUCGCCAGUCCAUCACCUGAAGUCUGAACGCCAUGAAAGCCAUUUCAAAACUGAAGUGUUCAACACCAACCUCUCCUCUACGUUCAUCUCCUUAUGUUCCCGCUACCCCUGCGUCCCCUGACAUCCCAAGCCCAUCAUCUCUUCUCGAUGAAUUCACUAAGUUCUGCUACCAAAGCGACCUUCCCAGGGCCAUCAAAGCCAUGAAUGCCAUGCAGACACUCGGAAUUCAUGCUGAUUGCAUCACCUACUCUCAACUCAUCAAGUGUUGCUUGGCUCGUAGAGCUGUCCAGCAAGGGAAACUUGUUCACCAGCAUGUGUUCUCAAAUGGGUACCAGCCCAAGACCUUCUUAAUCAACACUCUCCUCGGUAUGUAUGCGAAGUUCAACCUGUUGAACGAUGCACAGAGUUUGUUCGACAAAAUGACUGAGAGAAACGUCGUUUCUUGGACCACCAUGAUCUCUGCUUACUCUAAUGCCAAGGUUAACGACAAGGCCUUGAGCUUCUUGGUUUUGAUGCUUAGAGAAGGGGUAAGGCCUAAUAUGUACACUUACUCGUCGGUUUUGAGAGCAUGUGAUGACUUGCCAAACCUUAGGCAGCUUCAUUGUACUAUAGGUAAGGUUGGGCUUGACUCCGACGUGUUUGUUCGAAGUGCCUUGAUUGAUAUCUACGCAAAAUGGGGCGAAAUGCAAAAUGCCUGGCGCGUUUUCAAUGACAUGGAGACGGGAGAUGUAGUGGUUUGGAACUCGAUAAUCGGAGGGUAUGCGCAGAAUAGCCACGGUGUUGAAGCUUUGAAUCUAUUUAAGAGGAUGAAGAGAGCUGGUUUUCCAUCUAAUCAGCCAACCCUGACGAGUGUCCUGAGAGGGUGUACUGUAUUGGCAUUGUUAGAACUGGGGAGACAAGUUCACGUUCAUAUACUGAAAUACGAUCCGGAUUUGAUCCUCUGCAAUGCCCUUUUGGAUAUGUAUUGCAAGUGUGGCAGCUUGGAGGAUGCAAACUCUGUUUUUGCUAGGAUGGCAGAAAGGGAUGUAAUUUCUUGGAGCACCAUGAUAGCAGGGUUGGCACAAAAUGGCCACAGCCGAGAGGCUCUUCAGUUGUUUGAGUUGAUGAAAGCUUCUGGUACUAAACCAAACUAUAUCACAAUAGUAGGGGUUCUGUUUGCUUGUAGCCACGCGGGGCUUGUGGAGGAUGGGUGGUACUACUUCCGGUCAAUGAAGCAUCUUUUUGGAAUUGAUCCAGUAAGGGAACACUAUGGUUGCAUGAUUGAUCUUCUUGGAAGGGCUGGGAAGCUUGAAGAUGCAAUUAAGUUGAUCAACGAAAUGAAAUCUGAACCUGAUGCUGUGAUAUGGAGAACUGUGCUCAGUGCUUGCAGGGUUCAUCGUAAUGUGGAUCUAGCUGCACAUGCUGCAAAUAAUAUUCUUAAAUUGGAUCCACAGGAUGCAGGAACCUACAUAAUAUUGUCUAACAUUUAUGCAAAUAAACAGAGGUGGGAAGAUGUUGCUGAGGUUAGAGAGGCUAUGAAGAACAGAGGAAUCAGAAAAGAACCAGGGUGCAGUUGGGUUGAAGUGAAUAAGCAUGUCCAUGCUUUCAUUCAGGGGGAUUGCUCGCAUCCACAAAUAGAUGAAAUCAGGAGACAACUCAACCGGCUAAUUCAUAGAUUGAUGCAAGUGGGUUACAUUCCUGACACAAAUUUUGUUCUGCAAGAUUUUGAAGGGGAGCAGAUGGAAGACUCUUUAAGAUUCCAUGGUGAGAAACUGGCAAUCGUGUUUGGUUUGAUGAGUUUGUCGAAGGAGUCGACCAUUAGAAUAAGAAAGAAUCUCAGGAUCUGCGGAGACUGCCAUCUCUUUGCAAAACUGGUCGCAAAGAUGGAGCAUCGGGUCAUUGUGAUCAGAGAUCCCAUCAGAUACCAUCAUUUUCGAGACGGGUUUUGCUCCUGUGGGGAUUAUUGGUAAUGAAAACUAAAGUGAGCGUUCAACAAGAUGACUGGCAUAUGUAUCAGUAUUCAAGGAAGGAACAAACGUAUCCCCGCAUCAGCAUGCCUCAACAGGCCAUUUGCAGGAUUGCAUACGUGGUCAUUUCAGGCUACAAAAUAUGCAAACAGAAAACAGAGGAUCAACAACUUCUGAAGUCUGAACAAACUAGUUGUCAACAACCCCCUCUGGCUGCCUUGUUCCUUUGAAGGACAUCAUAUUUGUCUCAUGAUCUAAAUUUUGUUCCCUUUUUGUGUUUGAAGAAGUUUGACCCUCACUCACUCACUCACCGCCACCAGUGACCAGUGACCAGUGACCAGUGACCACUGUUACUUUACUUCCUACUCGGUUCGCUUGCCUUGGAUCGUUGGCAAGUCCAAAUGAAAUUCAACACAAGGCCCAUAUGAGAACCUGGGCUUCCCGCCAAAUAGAGCCCCUUUAGUGGGCCGGUCUUAUUCUGCAUGGGGUCCCCUCUCUUUUCUUUUUUCUUCUCUUUGGUCUCGUCUCAAAAGAAGAGCCAAUUAGUGCUAGAGUUACGACUAAAGAAAUAAAUUUCUUUGGAUUCUUUCAGGCUUUUCCGGCUUUCCCUGUCUCCCACCAUGACAAAAAGCCUUGAGCCCUUCCCUUGACUGCAAUUGCAU